GCGUUCCGGCCUCCGGCUUUUCCGCAUGCGUAGCGGGAGACGGAGCCCGCGCGGCAGCCUGGCGCUGGUCCUGCCUGGCGCGCUUCCGGCCGCGCAGGCGCAGGAACCCGCGUGCCUGGCCGGGGGAAGGGACCGCAGAUGGGUUUCAGAAGUGCGUGAGGGGACUUCAGGAUCAUCGAAAGGCUGUUGAGGCGCACGGCUGUCAAGCUGACAAAAAGGUUAAAGGGGUAAUGAUGAGAGUCCAGCGCAGACUCGAAGAUGUGAAUGUGUCCUGAGACUGGCAGCCUUGAGCGGCAGGGAAGAAAGCGAUGUCCCUCCAAAAGAAAACAAAGGAAGCUUCAGCCCUUGGGCACGCAUCCAUGUGAUGAAAAUAAAAAGCACGCAUGGGAACUCUGAACCUUCAACAGGUGCCCAAGUCACCUGUGUCAACACAGAUGUCUGGACACCACCUCAGAGUUUCUGAUUCAGAAAGUCCAGGGCGAGGACUCAACAACUUGUGUUUCUCAGAAGUUCCAGAUGCUCCUGAUGCUGCCGGUGCAGGGACCAGAGUUAAGCCGCUGACCCACCCACUUGAGGAUGGGGGUUACUUUUUGGGAGGGAGCAGAACACGACUGCGAGGGGAAAGAAAAGAGAUCCUGUUUGCUGCGGGGAAUAGACUGGAAAAGAGAAAGCAGUGGUAGAGCCCGUGGGAGAGUGUCGCAGAAGCCCAGGUCACCUUCUAAGAAUCAGGCAUUGGGGGAAGACGCUCCGGAGACUGUGAGGCUGGAUUGGUGAACGAACGGCGUCGUAGAGUCCACUGGAGUCCUGGGAGACGCCUGAAGGGAGGGCUCCGGCGGCUGUGAGGGAGACAGAGACAUGGCCGACAGGCCCAGGACUGCCUUCUGCUCGAACCUGCAGUAGAAAGUCGGGGCUCCGGGAGGAGCCGGCAUCGGGCACGCAGCUGCUUCUCUCAAACCCCGAUGCUCACAGCGGCCCCGGGCCCCUCUGUCCUUCCUGAGACAGGCUGGGCUGUGACUGCACCUGUCUCCAUCUGAGGGGCCGUCGGAGCGUAGCGCCAUGGAGACGGGGCCCCCGGAGGGCAGGAAGGGGCCCGCGCCCAGGGAGCUGCCCCCAGUCGUGGGGCUGCUGCUGUCCAUGGCGCUCAUGAACGUCGUCCUCUACCUCUGCCUUGACCGGCUCGUCACCGCGCCCCGGGGCCCCGCGGAGCACCCCGGCCGCUGCCCGCCCGGCCACUUCAGCACGGGGCAGGUGACCACCUGCUCCCCGUGGCUGUCCUGCGAGCAACUGAGGACGGAAGUGAGGCCGCUGAAGCGCGUCGGGGAGGGAGCCGUGAAGACGGUGUUUCUGUCCGAGUGGAAGGAACGCAAGGUGGCCCUGUCGCGGCUCACCAGGCCAGAGGUGAGAGACGAUUUCCUGCACGGGCUGCAGAUGCUGCGGGCGCUGCAGAGCGAGCACGUGGUCACGCUGCUGGGCUACUGUGAGGAUGACAACACCAUCCUCACCGAGUACCACCCCUUGGGCGCCCUGGGCAACCUGGAGGCGACGCUGAGCCUCGCCAAGUACCGCAGCCUGAACACGUGGCAGCACCGGCUGCAGCUGGCCCUGGGCUACGUGGCCGUCCUCGACUUCCUGCACCGCAGCCCCCUGGGCACGCUGGUCAUGUGCGACUCCAGCGACCUGCCCAAGACCCUGUCCCAGUACCUGCUGACCACCAACUUCAGCAUCGUGCUCAACGACCUGGACGCCCUGCCGCUGGUGAACCGCAGCUCCGGGGCCCUGGUGAAGUGCGGCCACCGGGAGCUCCAUGGGGACUUCGUGGCCCCAGAGCAGCUGUGGCCCUUUGGAGAGGACGUGCCCUUCCAGGACGACCUCAUGCCUGCGUAUGACGAGAAGACUGACAUCUGGAAGAUUCCCGACGUCUCCAGUUUCCUUCUGGGGCACGUGGAGGGGAGCGACAUGGUCCGAUUCCACUUGUUUGACAUUCACAAGGCAUGUAAGAGCCAGGUGCCUGCAGAGAGACCCACCGCUCAGGCCGUCCUGGACGCUUACCAGAAGGUUCUGAAUCUACUCAGAGACACCGCGACGUCUCAGACUAGAGAGAUGCUGUGAAAGACAGGGUGGUCGCUGAGGGAUGGGAGUCAGGGGACAGCUGGAAGAGCUGCCCCGGUUUUGCCCUGAUGGAAGGUGUUAGCGGUUCUGCCCCGGGUUCUUCCUCUCCUGACCGCCUGGCGGGAGUUGCUGAGCAAGAGCACAUGGGCUUGCUGUGAGCCUGGCUGCAAGCGAAGGGGGAGAGAAGCAGUGAGUCGGACCAGUAUCUGAAGGAAGUAACAAAAAUGAAGCUACAAAGAGGUGUCCCUAACAGCUGAAUCCAUAGGCUUGUAAGAAAUGUGCGUGGAGAGGUUUUUAAGUGGCAGUGUGGGGAAGAGACAAGCGGUGGUUCUUGCUUUGUCAGCUGAGUAUCUGUGGUGUGCUUCACGGUACCGAGGAGACGUCACUGUGUUUCAGGUGACUGCUCGGGGCCACGCCUGUGUCAUCCACGUCCCAGUGAGCUAGCAUGCAUGCUCUCUGAAACCUUAAGUGGAUAAGGAGCUUUGAAAAUAUCAUGUAUGAUGGAAAUCCCAUCUGUGUUACUACUGCCUCAGAUGGUGCUUGUGAAAUUCCUCUUUACCUUCCAGCUGGAUAUUUAUUCUGUGCUCAACAUUAAUUAUCGUGAACAUUUUACACCAAUAGUGUCUGUCACUCUCAUUAAUGGAAGGCGUUGACAGACUUUCCACUUGAGUUGCAUGAUUGAAUCCUUCAGAAAGCUUUCCUUGGUCUCUGUCAUCCUCAUUUGCAGGGGAGGAAGGAUUUGGUACAUAUUGAUCACUACCAAUAAGGGGGUCAAAGCUGGCAUUGAGGGCAGAAAGGCUGUGUGCAGGCCUCGUGGUCACCGGAAUUACAGAGAGCUGGCCCAGCCCUGCAGUCUCAGACUCAGUGUCUCGGUGGAGUCUCUGCAUUUCUCACUGGUUCCCUGGUGAUGCAGGCAGUGCUGCCGGUCUGGGAACCACAUUUCGAGAACCAUUGUCCUUACCUAUCCAGGCAGUAGACAGGGAGUGUGAUCAGUAUUAUCCUUGUUCUACCUCCCAUGGUGAUUGAGUCCUGGGAGUCCUAUGGUUGGUCAGAGAAUACGCUUGCCCGGAGUAUAUUAACUGCUGCUCUUAGUUAUAAACAUGCUGCCAGAACCCACGAAGAUGGCUGUAAUCAAAAGAAUGGACAGUAACAAAUGUUGGCAAGGAUGUAGAGAAUUGGAGCCUUCAUACGUUGCUGGUAGUAAUAAAAUGGCCCGGCUGCUUUGGGAAACAGUCUGACCAUCCUCAAAAGGUCAAAAAUAGAGUUACUGUGACCCAGCAGUUCCAGUUCCCAGUAUUUACCAAUGAGAAUUGAAAACAUGUCCAUAAAAGAACUUGGACACAAAUAUUCAUAGCAGCACUAUUCAUAAUAGACAAAAGAUGAAGAUGUCCAUCCACUGGUGAAUAGAUAAAAGAAAAUGUGGUCCCUCCCGACAAAGUGGUAACAUUCAGCCAUGAAAGGAGUGUAGCACUUGGUCAUGCUCCAACAUGGAUGAAGGUGCUAAGUGAAAGAAGCCAUCACAAAAGACCACAUGCCGUGUGAUUCCAUUUGUAGGAAAUGUCCAGAAUCGACAAACCCACAGAAACAGAAAAUAGUGGUUUCAGAGGGGCUGGCAGGGGCUUGGACUUGAAGAAUGGUGGGGUGCUUGCUAAUGGAUACAGGGUUUCUUCAGGGGAGAUGAAAAUUUCCAGAAAUGGUGAUGGUUGCACAGCUCUGAAUAUACUAAAUAACACUGAAUUGUAUAAAAGGGGGCAGUUUUAUGGUUUGUGAAUUAUAUCUCAAUAAAGCUGGGAAAAAAAAAAACCCACCUCUGCCACAAGACCAUGUAUCUCUUAUGACCCUUUUUUAUUUGACGAAGUAGUUACCAUGUGGAGCUGCUGAUGUGAUGUUACCCUUUUCAUGUUGUAAUUCUGGAUUGAGGGUUUUCCUUGAUUUUGGGACUUUGCAUUAGAACAAAAUGUUCCGUUUCAAAUGAAUUUCUUUUUAAAUACUGAUGAGAGAGCAAAAAUGGACAGCAUGGCAUUUGGAAAGGACACGGUGCCGGGGUCGGAAGACAUGUGUGAGUAACAGCUCCAGCUCCGCAAGUGACUCACCUGCGGCCUCGGACAAACCGAUUUCCAAGUGAGAGAGUCGGCGAGGCGUUUCCAGCCUCUGCUCCUCCCCUGAGUUCUCCGUGAUGCUUUAUCGUGCCAGUGCCAGGCACCACGCUGGACCUGACCCUUCAGUUUCUACCUUCAGUAGCAACAGAACUGCAAAAUCGUAAGAGGGAAAGAAAGACCCACCUUCCUGCUGUGUAAAAAGAGACUCACUUCCAUUUUAAGAGCACACAUAGGCUCAAAGUAAAGGAAUGGAAAAAGAUAUUCCAUGCACAUGGGAGCCAGAGGAGAGCAGGGGUAGCUACACUUCUUUUAGACAAAACAGGCUUUAAGUCAGAAAGUGCAGUGAGACAGAAUUCAGUAUAUGGUGAUAAAGGGGUCAGUUCAUCAAGAGGGUAUAAAAAUCAUAAAUCUGUAUGCACCCCAAAAUGCAUAUAGAUCUGAUGGGAGAAAUAGACAACAAUACAUUAUAGUUAUUACAAUAAUACCCCACCUUAAUACCCCAAUUUCAACAGUGGACAGAUUAUCCAGACAAAAUCAAGAAGGAAACCUUGGAUUUUUAACUAUAUCUUGGACUAAAUGAACCUAACAGACAUACAUAGAAAAUUCUACCAAACAGCAGCAGAAUACACAUUUUCCUCAAGCACACAUGAAACUUUCUCCAGGACAGAUUAUGCUGUUAGGUCACAAAUAUUAACCAUUUUGAGAAGAUUGAAAUAACAUCAAGCAUCUCAUCCCAUUUUUUUUUUUUUUUAAUUAGUUGAAGGCUAAUUACUUCACAACAUUUCAGUGGGUUUUGUCAUACAUUGAUAUGAAUCAGCCAUAGAUUUACAUGUAUUCCCCAUCCCGAUCCCCCCUCCCACCUCCCUCUCCACCCGAUUCCUCUGGGUCUUCCCAGUGCACCAGGCCCGAGCACUUGUCUCAUGCAUCCCACCUGGGCUCGUGAUCUGUUUCACCAUAGAUAGUAUACAUGCUGUUCUUUUGAAAUAUCCCACCCUCACAUUCUCCCACAGAGUUCAAAAGUCUGUUCUGUAUUUCUGUGUCUCUUUUUCUGUUUUGCAUAUAGGGUUAUCGUUACCAUCUUUCUAAAUUCCAUAUAUAUGUGUUAGUAUGCUGUAAUGUUCUUUAUCUUUCUGGCUUACUUCACUCUGUAUAAGGGGCUCCAGUUUCAUCCAUCUCAUUAGGACUGAUUCAAAUGAAUUCUUUUUAAUGGCUGAGUAAUAUUCCAUGGUGUAUAUGUACCACAGCAUCCUUAUCCAUUCAUCUGCUGAUGGGCAUCUAGGUUGCUUCCAUGUCCUGGCUAUUAUAAACAGUGCUGUGAUGAACAUUGGGGUGCACGUGUCUCUUUCAGAUCUGGUUUCCUCAGUGUGUAUGCCCAGAAGUGGGAUUGCUGGGUCAUAUGGCAGUUCUAUUUCCAGUUUUUUAAGAAAUCUCCACAGUUUUCCAUAGCGGCUGUAUUAGUUUGCAUUCCCACCAACAGUGUAAGAGGGUUCCCUUUUCUCCACACCCUCUCCAGCAUUUAUUGCUUGUAGACUUUUGGAUAGCAGCCAUCCUGACUGGCGUGUAAUGGUACCUCAUUGUGGUUUUGAUUUGCAUUUCUCUGAUAAUGAGUGAUGUUGAGCAUCUUUUCAUGUGUUUGACAUGACUUUUGAAGUAAAUUAUGUGCUUUAAAUGCAUCAAUAAAAAUAAAUCAAUAUCAAAUUCCUAUUUGUCACAGUCGAUACAGUUAAUUUAGAAAACAUACAUAUUUUUUAAACAGAGGACAGGGAACUUGAAGGAGAGAAUCUUAAGUUGAAUCAAGCAGGACAAAAGUGAAGAGAUUCAACCUUAAAAGGAUGUUCAUUUCCUCUAGAUAAAACCUGGCUUGCUAAAAUGACUCAACAAUGAAUUAUCCACAUUUUGGGUUAUUGAGGACAAAAUUUAAAACACACAACACAUCUCUCUUUACUGUUUAGCAUACUUCUAUCCAGGCUCUCAUCAUUAGUUGGUAUACACAAAAAGCAUGAGUGUAAUCUCAACUAUAAUCUAAAUUCGGUCAGAAGUUGCAGUUGAACUUCAUUUCCUCAGCCUGAAGUUUCAAGGGGAGCACUUAUACACCUACCCUCCUCAUGAGAAGCGAGAUUUACCUAACGGGUGAGUUUGGGAGAAGGAACUAAGAAGUGCUUGCCUGGUUCCCAAUCUCUUCUUUGAAAAGAUGCAUGUGUGCACAGCACCGUGACCUUGGGUAUGUGGUAGGCAGCUCGCCCCUGGGACGGGGGUCAAGCCUUUGCUUCCUCCUCUUAGGCCUGUGUCUGCUUGGGCAGGUCUCUGACUUGGGAUGAAGUGCUUGGAGGCCCGCUGUGACUGCGCAGCUAGAGCACGUCCUCCAGGUUCAUAGCUCUCAAGUACGCACCGUAGCUCCAGUGCUGUCGAAGAAACCUUAGAUUGCUCUUCUUGGUCAAGUAAGUCUCCACGCUGUCAUUUGAACGGUGUGGAACUGACGUAGAAAACCCUACGUUUGCUUUUGAAAUAAGAUUUGCAUUGAACCCUGAAGUAGGAUUGAAAUUUCCAACAGAAGAGGGCUCCAGGACUAGUGUGCUGCUAGGAGUGCUGAGUAAAGAUCUCUUCUGCUGUUUCUCCACCUCAAGUUUGGUGCUGAUCUCUGCCAGGCUCUCAUUAGUCCAGGAUAUCUUAUUACUCAUUUUUCUUAGGGUGCCCUCUAGCAGUGAUUAUCUAGUCAGCUUUCACUUCCUACUAAUCUCAGGAACCUGGCUCUAUAAAAAUUAGGCUUCAGACACAAAUUAAUGGACUGAAUAUAUUUUCUGUGAUUCUGGGUUUUGACUUAGUUGUCUAGUUUCUUUUCCAAGGACUUUCUUUUAGUUUCUCUAGGUAGUGUUGCUUAUAUUUUUCCAACUCUGCUUUAUUAGAAUCUUCAAAAGUUUGCAUCUUGGAGAGUUCAGAUCCCAAGUCUUUAAUUCUCAGUUCCAUCUGACUUCUUAUGGAAGCAAUAUGCUCCUCUUGGAACUGCUGCAAAUUUUCCUCAGAUGCUGCUUGUAUUUCGGAACCCAAAGUGUAGGGUAGGAAAAUCAGGAUAUUGUCACCGUCUUCAAAUUAAAAACAAUAAGCAGCCAGGUGGCGGCAGGACGCACGCACCGGCCAAGCCCACCGCUGGAGCCCCCCGGGCAUUCUCUGGGCGCCCCGUCGGACCCACGCGGAGGGGGCCCAGGAUCGACCGCCAGCUGCGUGCCCCUCAGGCCAGAUGGUGACCGCCUGCCCUCCCGGCUCCC